AAUUUCCCUUGUUAAAGAGCUAGAAUUAUUGAGGUUAAGGAGGUGCUAUUUUUAGUUGUUUAUAAUGUCGUCUAAGCCGUUGGACUAUGAGAAUUUGAAUGAGAAUGUGAAGAAGUGUCAAUAUGCUGUACGAGGUGAGCUCUAUCUUCGAGCUUCUCAGCUUCAGAAGGAAGGAAAGAAGAUUAUAUUCACAAAUGUAGGUAAUCCUCAUGCCCUCGGACAGAAGCCGCUGACGUUUCCGCGCCUGGUCAUUGCUCUCUGCCAAGCUCCAUUUUUACUGGAUGAUCCUAAUGUUGGACAAUUAUUCCCUGCUGAUGCAAUCGCAAAAGCUAAACAUUAUCUUUCGUUGAAUUCUGGAGGUCUAGGUGCUUAUAGCGACUCCCGUGGCAUUCCCGGUGUAAGGAAAGAAAUUGCAGAUUUCAUUGAGAGACGUGAUGGAUAUCCAAGUGAUCCGGAACACAUAUUUCUCACGGACGGUGCCAGCAAAGGAAUAAUGCAGAUAUUACAUACUAUCAUUCGGGGGCCCAAUGACGGGGUGUUGGUUCCUGUUCCGCAGUAUCCGCUUUACUCUGCUACAAUAUCAUUGUAUGGGGGUUCCCUUGUUCCGUACUAUCUUGAAGAGACUGCAGACUGGGGUCUUGAUAUCAAUGACCUUCGGCAAUCUAUUGAACAGGCCCGACAGAAUGGAAUAACUGUACGAGCAAUGGUGAUUAUAAACCCCGGAAAUCCUACCGGACAGUGUCUUAGUGAACAAAAUCUAAGACAAAUAAUACAAUUCUGUUAUGAAGAAAAUUUGGUAUUACUUGGAGACGAAGUUUAUCAACAAAAUAUUUACCAAGAUGAGCAUCCCUUCAUAAGUGCACGAAAGGUUUUAUUCGAUAUGGGUCCUCCCGUAAGCAAGGAACUUCAGCUAGUUUCAUUUCAUACGGUCUCCAAAGGUUAUUGGGGAGAAUGUGGACAACGUGGUGGAUACUUUGAGAUGACCAACAUUCCUCCCAAGUCGGUUGAAGAGAUAUACAAGGUUGCUUCGAUAUCGCUCAGUCCAAAUGUACCUGCACAAAUAUUUUUAGGAUUACUGGCGAACCCACCUAAGCCUGGAGAUAUCUCGUACGAGCAAUUUGCCAGAGAAAGCAAAGGCAUCCUUGAGUCGCUAAGACGGAGGGCGCAUAUAAUGACUGACGGGUUCAACAACUGCAAAAAUGUUGUUUGUAAUUUCACAGAAGGUGCUAUGUAUUCCUUCCCGCAAAUUCAAUUGCCUCCUGGAGCGAUAGACACUGCUAAGAAGCUCGAGAAAGCUCCUGAUGUUUUCUAUUGUCUCAAAUUGUUGGAAGCAACAGGCAUCUCUACUGUCCCGGGUUCGGGUUUUGGCCAAAAAGAAGGGGUGUUCCACCUAAGGACAACUAUUUUGCCAGCUGAAGAGGAGAUGCCUUCGAUAAUGGCGAGUUUCAAAAAGUUCAACGAUGAAUUCAUGGCGCAAUAUGAAUAGCGCGACCAUGAAUUCAUUGAGCAAUAUGAAUAGCGCACGGUGGCGCGCUAUUCGAUAAUGUAGAAGAAAGAAAUUAUGAUUUCAAUCUUUGUUUUCUAUUGUCACUUAUCUUUUUGUUGAUGAAUUCUCUCUCAAAAUUGAACAAUAACUAGUGUUUUGUCAAGUAUUUAAAUGUGUCUUUUCUUCUUA